UAAUGGCACCCAAAAUUACAAAAAAAAAUUUACCAAAUGUUCCUCUAACAGACAUUCAAUACGAUAACUAUUGUCGUAAAUAUUUUACACCUGAAUCUCUUAAAUCGAUGAAAUAUGCUCCAACGAAAUAUUUUUCUGACCAAUCGUCAGUAUUUCAUAAUGCAUUAAGACUAAUUGAUGCAGAAUUAAAAAAAAAAGAAGGAUAUGUAAAUGGUCUUAUUUUUAAGGCAGCAUGGCAAUUUGUUGAUGAAAACCGCCAAAAUAACAACAAAAAAGACUCCAGUAGAGCAUCCUCUGUAAGUCUUGAAGAAAUUUAUAUCCCUGACCAAACUUCUAGAGCAUCCUCUGUAAACCUUGAAGAAAUUUAUAUCCACAAUUUAACUGAUAAUGGCGAUCAACUGAGUUAUCGGAAAUUUGAUAGUCCAUCCUCAACUUCAACUGAUAUGGAUCUAAUUUCAACUUUCUCUUCAUCGAAUCAAUCAUCUUCGGAAGCUCCAAAACAAUAUCAAAAAGAACAAAAAUCAAUUCUCAUAUCACAGAAUGAAGUAUUAAAAGUAAAAAAUAGAGAGAUCGAAGAAAGAAAUCACACCCUUGAAAUAGAAAACACAAAUCACAAAGUAAAAAACAAAGAGACUGAAGAAAGGAACCACACCCUAGAAAAAGAGAACACAAAUCUUAAAGUAAAAAAUAAAGAGAUCGAAGAAAGAAAUCACGUACUAGAAACAGAUAACAUAAAUCUUAAGGUAAAAAAUAAAGAAACCGAAGAAAGAAAUCACACCUUAGAAUCACAGAAUACAAUUUUAAAAACCGAGAAUGCAGAUUUAAAAAUAAAAGAUGACAAUUAUACAAAACUCAAAACAAAAUACGCAGUUCUAGAUUCAGAACACGGGAAUCUUAAAUCAUUAUAUAAAGAUCUAGAAGCGAAGAUUACAGAAUCUGAAAUUAAUCUCAGAGAUAUCAAUAAGAAAUACAGCGAGCUCCUCACGGAACAUUCAAAUCUAGAAGUAAUUUAUGCUGCACUUGAAGAUAAUUAUAAAGCUUUACAAGCUAAGGACGGAAAGAAUGAAGAAGAAAUUAAAAUUUUGGAAAAAGAAUUAAAAGAAACACAAGACGAAAAAGAUAAAAAAAAAGAAAUACCUCAAUCUGCAUACUAUGCAAUUACCAAAUUUGAAAAUGAUCUGAAUAAAUAA